ACAGAGAGAGAGAGGGACGGAGGAGGAGGCCCGUUCCUUCGAGUGGGGGAGGUUUCGACUGAACGUUGGAUUUGUCAUAUUUUGGUGACCUCUGAAGGAACCUUGAGAAGAACACUUCCCUUUGUCUUAGGUCAGGAAUGAAAUUACACGGCACUCACAACAAAUAAGUUGGAGAAAUUAUAUUUCGAGCUCCAUAGCUGUGUAUUCAAGGAGGAAAGGGAGGAUUGUGCUGUAAACAGUAGAGCAAUACAAAGACUGAGAAGCGGAAAUCAGGAGAACAUAUUUGUGACCUUCUGGCAUAAUAUUAGAAUCAUAAAUGUAAAAGAAUGGAAAAUCUCAAUUCCUUGUCAAAAUCACACACAGGGGAGAAGCGACAUAACUGUAUGGAAUGUGGGAAAUGUUUCACUGCGAGAAGUUCUCUUACUAAACAUCAGCGAACACACACAGGAGAGAAGCCAUAUAAAUGCGUGGAAUGUGGAAAGAGCUUCAGUGAAAGUGGGACUCUGCGUAAGCAUCAAAGGAUCCACACAGGAGAGAAGCCACAUAAAUGCAUGGAAUGUGGAAAGAGCUUCAGACGUAGUGGAAACCUGCAUUCCCAUCAAAGGAUCCAUACAGGGAAGAAGCCAUAUAAAUGCGUGGAAUGUGGAAAGAGCUUCAGUCAGAGUGGGAAUCUGCGUAUCCAUCAAAGAACCCACACAGGGGAGAAGCCAUAUAAAUGCAUGGAAUGUGGAAAGAGCUUCAGUGACAGUCAGAAUCUGCAUACCCAUCAAAGGACCCAUACAGGGGAGAAGCCACAAAAAUGCUUGGAAUGUGGAAAGAGCUUCAGUCAUGGUGUGUCUCUGCGUAUCCAUCAAAGGAUCCAUACAGGGGAGAAGCCACAUAAAUGCAUAGAAUGUGGAAAGAGCUUCAGUCAGAGUGCAAAUCUGCAUACCCAUCAAAGGAUCCACACAGGAGAGAAACCACAUAAAUGCAUGGAAUGUGGAAAGAGCUUCAGUGAAAGUGGGACUCUGUGUAAGCAUCAAAGGAUUCACACAGGAGAAAAGCCACAUAAAUGCAUGGAAUGUGGAAAGAGCUUCAGUCAGAGUGGACAUCUGCGUAUCCAUCAAAGAACCCACACAGGGGAGUAGCUACAUGUUGUAUAUACUUGAGUAUAAGCCAACCGAAUUUAAGACAAGGCACCUAAUUUAGUACAAAAGCUGAGAAAACUUAUUGACUUGAGUAUAAGCUGAGGUUGGGAAAUGCAGCAGCUAUUGGUAAAUUUCAAGAAUAAAAAUAGAUACCAAUAAAAUUACAUUAAUUGGGGCACCUAAUUUAGCACAAAAGCUGAGCAAACUUAUUGACUUGAGUAUAAGCUGAGGGUGGGAAAUGCAGCAGCUAUUGGUAAAUUUCGAGAAUAAAAAUAAAAAUAGAUGGCAAUAAAAUUACAUUAAUUGAGGCAUCUAUAGGUUAAAUGUUUCUGAAUAAUUGCAUAAAACUGUAAUUUAAGAUAAGACUGUCCAACUCUGAUUAAAACCUUCUUCAGUAUAAAUGUGCUUACGUAUCCCUCCAAUAAUAAUAAAUAGGGUAAAAUAUUAAAUGUAUUAAUAAUAA